CCAGCCACAAUGUCAGAAGCGGUUCCAUACGAACAAGUCCCCAUCGUCAAAUCCACCGCCCCAGCCCCGGAAACGCCCUACCAAGCCCGCAUGUUCUUGCAUGUCGGGGCGGCGGGGGUGAUGCUUUAUGGUUUCCAGGCUAUGAGGGCGUGGACGGUGUUUGGGGAUGUCAUGUCUAACCAGUAUGGAGGGUUCUGGCAGUAUCUCACUAUCCUCGGUUUGACGAUAUCUGGUGCCACUAUGCUCUUGGCUGGCGUGCAGGACCUUUUACCGAAUAUCCAUCUGAUUCGGUUGAUCAAGAGGACGCUCUUGCUCAUCGCUCUCCCUGUGGAAUUCAUCAUCACGUCCAUCUACUGGUCGCUCAUCAUCUUUGCCCCGCACCUCAUGCUCCCCCCCACCGACCCUGAUGCCGCCCAAGGCGCGCCAUCGUCGUCUACGGCGGAGCCGACGCUGUUUAGGAUCCCGUUGUGGAUGGAUAUGAGUAUGCACCUCUUACCGGGUAUUGCUCUAGUCUUCGAAUUCUUCCUCCUCGAAACCAAAUACCGCCCCCCCUUCUCCACCUCCGUCGCCUUCCUCCUCGCCUCCGCGUUCGGCACAUCCUACGGCUUCUGGGUCGAACACUGCGCAGAACAGAAUGGAGGGGUGUUUCCGUACCCGUUUUUGACUAUUCUGCCGUUGGGGGGCAGGGUGGGGGUUUAUGUCGGGGCGACGGGGGUUGCUUGGGCGGUUUUUAGGGGGUUGAAUUGGGUGCAUAAGUAAGGGGAGUUUUGUGGGGAAAUUUUGAGGAUAGAGGCGUAGAGUUGUGGGACGGGAGAGUACGAGUUGGAUUAGUUCUCGAGCACAAUAUAUGCGAAAGGUCAGCAGCGAAGAAAGCAGUGUGGGGCACCUACUCUGAUCUGGAGACCUUCAACAAUCACCUGGGCAGAGCGAUGAGAAACCGUAUGAGCGGAGUGUCAGAUGCAUGUGCACGUUGAUGAAG